GGUGCCGCCAGGACCGAUCUGCCGGCGACCCGGCCGGGAGUGGACAAGCGGCGGCGGCGGCUGGGGACACCCGGCGUAAGCCAGGGCGGGCCGGGAGCGCGGGCUCCCGGUGGGGCCGUGUUCGGCGGAGUCGGCCUCGCUUUGGGCACCUGAUGCAGGUGCCGGCCUGAGCCCGGGGUCCCGCCAUGGAGUUCCUGGCAGCCCCGCAGCCCCCCGCAGGGCCCCCAGCCAUGGCCUUGGAGGAGCCCCCGGAGACUCCCGACGCCCCGUGGGACCCCGUGCGGGGAGGCCCCAGCAGCCCCGGGCGCACGGCACCGGCCGGGUCAGCCGUGCCGGACCUGGCGCGGCGGCUCGAGGCCCUGCCGGGUGAUCUGGGGGAGCCGCGCACCGGCGGAGCGCACGUCGCCACGGGCCACGGCCAGGCGGCGCUGGGGACGGCCGACGUGCACGGGCUCCCGUCGGCCGAGGCGGACCGGGACGACCUGCUCCGGCGCCCCGGGGAGCCCGCCCCGCCGGAGUGGACGGAGGCCGCGGAGCAGGGCGGCAGCCGGAGCUCGGGCAGCUCCCCAGAGCCCUGGCUGGAGACGGCGCCCCUGGUGCGGCCCGAGGAGCCGCCCGCCCCGUCCAGCGGGCCCGAGCCGGGCACGCAGCUUUCUGUCUUCCAGAGCCCGGAGAGCCUGGCGUCAUUCCCCGCCCUCCCCGAGGGGCCCGGGCCCUGUGACCACGAGGACCUGCUGGACGGCGUCCUCUUCGGCGCCAAAUACCUGGGCUCCACGCAGCUGCUGUCCGAGCGGAACCCGCCCCCCAGCACGCGCAUGGCCCAGGCCCAGGAGGCCGUGGACCGCGUCAAGGCCCCCGACGGGGAGACGCAGCCCAUGACUGAGGUGGACCUCUUCGUGUCCACCAAGAGGAUCAAGGUCCUGACGGCCGAGUCGCAGGAGGCCCUGAUGGACCACGCCCUACAAACCAUCUCCUACGUGGCGGACAUCGGCCACCUGCUGGUGCUCAUGGUGCGGCGGCGCCUGGCGCGGGGCGCGGGGCCGCGGGAGCGCGAGCGCCCCGCCUACAGGAUGGUGUGCCACGUGUUCCACUCGGAGGACGCCCAGCUGGUCGCGCAGGCCAUCGGCCAGGCCUUCGCCGUGGCCUACAGCCAGUUCCUGCGGGAACACGGCGUCGACCCCAGCCAGGUGGGCACCCGGCCGAGCGCCGCCGCCGCCAGCGCGGGCCACCUGCAUAACGGGGACCUGGACCACUUCUCCAACAGCGACAACUGCCGGGAGGUGCGCAUCGAGAAGCGCCCGGGCGAGGGCCUGGGCCUGGCGCUCGUGGAGUCCGGCUGGGGCUCGCUGCUGCCCACGGCCGUGAUCGCCAACCUGCGGCACGGCGGCCCGGCCGAGCGCUGCGGGGCCCUGAGCAUCGGCGACCGCCUCACCGCCCUCAACGGCAGCAGCCUCGUGGGGCUGCCGCUGGCCGCGUGCCAGGCCGCCGUCCGC